ACGUAUACUCAUAAAUGAGCCAUCAGGAAGUUGUCACUCCAACACCGAUAACAAACAAGAUUUAUUUAUUUAUUGUUCUAGUUGAUAUUAUAUAAGGACGAUAGAACUGUAUUGUAGAACUAGUUCAAGCUCUUUCUUGGUAAAUCUUGGAAUUCACAGGAACGUCAAAAAAUGGCCUACAAGAGAAAUACUUAUGGGAAAGAUAAAAACAGUAUAGACCUUAGUUUUCCUCAAGAAACCUGUGGACUUAAUGAUCCUCAUAAUUUCACCAGUGACCAGUCCCAAGUCCAGUCAGAUGAUGUUGAAGGUCCACUGAUUGGUGAUCAUGAAACUCAGGAGUCAGAAGGUGGAGAAGCUGCUCUACCCACAUAUUUUGUUCGCUGUAAGAAGAAUCCAGGUCAUAAACAGUUUAUACCUAUUGAUACAUUCACCUUGAAACAUUUACCUAAAGAUUUUCAACACAAUGACUUUUAUGAAUGCAUCAAAGUUAUAGCUGACCUGACAGUUAGAGUAAGUAUUUUAAUAAACAGUCAACACAGACCAAAGUUUUGGCGAAAGACAACUCAACCAUAUCCAUUUUAUAACAUGAGUCAUAGCAGAAACAUGAGGACAGGAAGUGGAAGAGUCUGGCAUGUAAACAAGUUUCAAGAUGGAGUCAAGCAAGAUGGAGGUUAUAGACGUGAAGCCUGCACAAAGUGUUGGUGUAGAAAGUGUGAAAAUUCAGACUCACCCAGCAAUGUGUGGUGGGAGUUUGAUGUGGACACAGCCGCACAUUUGGUUUUUGAUGACAUCGAGGCCAGAUAUACGACCUUGAGAUUGUUUUUUGAUAGAGAUACAAGUCCAGUGGUUAUUGUUGAUAAGGUCAGUGUUAAAUUUGUUAACAUUGAGGAUGACUUUUGUUGGUUGAAAGGUGUGACAUGUGACAAAAAUGUAGGAAAUAAACUUAUGGACAUGUGGGAACAUUUUGAAAAUGUCUGGGAGAAAGUCUGUAAUAAAUACUCUGCUUCCGGAUCUCAACACAAGUUUACCUUUAUAGUGUCACAUCCUCAUGGAUGUUCUAAACAGGUCAGUCUUGGUUAUUGGAAGGACAGAUGCAAAGUGAGUGCUACAUCUCAGUUUACUUAUACAACUUGUACAUGUCCAGGAAGUAGUGGAGCAUAUGUCCACUGUGUAGGUUUUGCUAACUGGACUUCGUCUGAUCUUGUCCACAGUGGAAGUCUCAAGCCUGGAUUAAAUUAUAGUGGAUUUGGUCGUGUCUAGUGAGUUGUUUUCCUUAUGAGUUGUCAAAAAUUAUUUUGAGAACCUUUGACAUUCUGAACUUCAUAUAUAAACAUUUUUUUUUUAAAGUUUUGAAAUAAAUACAUUUAUAUUUUUUGUUAAAUAUUUGAGUCUAUUUUUAGACAUUACAAGUUUUAAUCUAAUGAUUUGGUCAACUUAUGUAUUGUUAUGUUUAUAAAGGCUGUCUUCAAAAUAACAAUUUUUGUUUGUUUUUUAUAACUGUUAAUAGUUCUAACUUACAUCUUGUCACAGUCUUAGUUGAUAUUGCAUGAUCUAAAGUUCACGUCAUGUUAAGAGUUUAAAAGACACGUGGAAUUCCUGAUGUAGAAAACAGGAAGUAGAAUGAAUAAAGUUGACUUUGAGUUCAGUCAAGUCAGUAAGUCUUGCUUACCGGGGGUCCAGGAAGGUUGGACGUUGCUUCCUGGACUGGUGUAUAUAUAUGUCUAUAGCAUGAAAGUCGAUGGACUGGUGAUUGUUGAUUAAUUAUAUUUGAGAGGUGAUUUCAUUAUGCGCUUAUUGAAUAUUAAAGUAUUAUUCGUAUUUCAAUGGAUAUCUAUAGUUGGAGUUCCAGUGUAAUUACUAGUAAUUGUUCUUAUUGUUACCCGCUGAGAUGCGGACGUGAUUUGUAACUAAUAUAUAUUGGAUACAUUUGAUACCGCUGUCAUGCGGAUAGGAUUGUUUAUUAUUUCUUGACUUGUAGCACUAAGAAGGAGUGCAGUAUUAUUAUUAUUGUAGUAAAAUAAACUUUAUAUUUGUCUGCUGAAA